AUGGGGGUCGACACCCGCAGACCAGUCCUUCCUGCUCCCACAGAAUCCCUCGUCGAUACCACGGGCGACAGCGCAACGGGCACAGAUCUGGCAACUGACCUUUCUCGCCGCACAGACAAGACGUCGUACUCGAUCCCGGACGACGGUAGCCCCAUCACUGUCUCCACUCGGCGGCAUCGGGAACGAGACGACAAGUCGUCUCGCUCACAACGGGAUUCCCAGACCUCGCUGCUCAUCGAGUACUUCGAAGGUGGGAAAGGCCCCGGCGGAGUGGUUUCCAGACCCAGUGUGCGCGUUCGAGUGACACCCUCGGGCUCAAGAAGACGACACAAGGAUAAAGACCGGAUCCAGAUCACCGAGUCCAGUUCCAGUCGCAAGCCUUCCUACACUCGGCGCAUUUCUCUCACGUCGCCAUCAUCCAAGCAGAAGCAACCAUCCGAGGAAGGCGUGGAUGACCAAAGUGUCAGCUCAAGCAACUCAGCCGAGGAGGAAGGUCAAUCGUCUGAGCACCAUCCGCCCGUCGAAAUCGAGUUCCUCAAUCGCGACCAAGGCAGUGAGCUGUCGGCCAUUUCGCGCGACCCCAGACUCAUAAUGGCUCCCUCGUCAGAUAUUUCCUCCAUGCCCGCGGACAGCAUGCUCGACACCUCAUCUGCUGGUCCCCGCAGGAAGCGCAGCCAGAGCCUUGAGCGCGGCGCGAGCCGCGAGGGCAAAGACUUGCUCAAGACUCCUUCCCGACAACGCAGUCGUAGCCUCAGCAAGGAACGCAUCGCUCAUCGGGUCGCAGAGAAGCUCAGUGGCUCGCCGCAAGAAGUCUCAAGUGGCAAGCACAAGAGCAGGAGCAAGACCAAGAGUGCUGGCAGGGACUACUUGGAGGCUGAGCCUAAGUCGUCUCGACGGAAACGACAUGGAUCCGGCGAAGAAGACAUGAAUAUCACCAGUCCGGAGUCCAGUCUUCUGAGCACUUCGGCGGUUUCUUCCAACCGCAAAUCCGGCGAUCAAUACUCUGUUCGCUCUAACGUUUCAAAAUCGUCCAUCAACAAUCCGAAACUCCUCGAGACCGUCGAAGAUGCAAUUCGACGACUGAUUUUGCCGGAGCUCAAGGAACUCAAGAAGGACCAGAAGGUCAUAUCCAACACGUCCAAAUUUGAGCGCGACAUGACAACGUCCUACUCCUCCACCAGCUCCCGAGAUGAGCUUGGCCGGCGUUUGUCCAAGCACUCCAGUGCGCCGGAUGUCAUGAAGCCCCAACCGAGAGUCGUCCUGAACAAAGAUAGCAAAGAUGAGGGUAUUGUUCUAUCCGGAGAGCCUGUGCAACAGAACAAGGAGCGCAAGUCAAGCAAGAGCAGUGAGACUUCUGAUUCUGCAUGGGUCAAAUGGGGCCGUCCAGAGUUCACCGAACAAGACAAAAUCCGCAGGCAAAAGAGCAAAGGCCUCCGCGAUGCACAUGCCGCUGCUCGUGUGGGCUCGGCUCUGACAGCUGCAUCCCUCAAGAAGCAUGACUCGCAGUCCAGCCUUGGUCAGUCAGAGCAUGGCCGGUCAGAGCGGAAAGAAAGUGGCUCUCGCAAGAGCGUUGAGAACAUCAAUGAGACCGAGCUCGUUUUCCAAAAACAUAACAUCGCACCCAUGCCAAUGCGCAGCGAGAUUGACUCGGAAUUGACAAGGACCUCGCUUCUCUCCGAGCGUACAGAGAGCCCAACAAUCCGCAAGGGACUGUCGCCAGCAGAAACCUCUCGAGGCUCCCCACGACAGGUCGCUUCGCCAACCUCACGCACACCCACCCGUACUCCACUGGAAACGCGACAUGAACUGGGAAUGCGCCAUGGCAAUCAGUCGCACCACAACCUUUCCACGCAUAGCACCUCGGACCGCGACCUGCACCGAAAGAGCCAAUCCCCAGGAGCGGAGGGUGCCGACUGGGCCAUUGCUGCCGCUGCUGCUGCCAAUCUACUCGACGCUGCUCACCCAGGUCAACGAUCUACGCCAGAAAAACAGUAUGAGGCCGGCCGGGCCUUGAGCCCCAUCCAAAGUGUUGCCAGUGACAAUACGGAAACUCAUUUUUCUAAAUACCAAAACAAACACACAGCCGACGUCCAGCGGGACAUGGAACCUCGCUUAUCCAUCGACUCUUUGUCUUCAGCCCCCAGCACUAAUCUCGCUCGAUCCACUCGCCAAGAUGGAUAUAGUCCCAAGAGCCUGAACCACGAUUUCGAUCAUGAACAUGGUCCUGAGCUUGGAUUUGAGCAAUUUCGGCGUGCAUCUGGAGAAGAGGAUCUCUAUGGACCCGAUGAGGAGUCUCGUCUGUCACUUGACAAUGAAGACAGCGAAGUGAAUUUCAUGGACAAGAUCAAGGAAGGCCACCAUGUCACGACUGGUGUAGCUGCCAACCCCCAAUUUGUCCAUCCCGCGGGUGUCGAAUCGAAUGUGGCCUCAUUGAUGGACCCCUCUGUUCUUGAGUCCCAGUCUUCUGGACACCGUUCACAGACCGACUUUGCUGAGCGUGCCGCAAGCCGGAGACCCCCAAAGCGCGGCAGCCCCCUGAAGCAGCGUCAGAAUGCCUCGAGCCCGGAUGAAACAUCUUUCCCCCGGCGUAUGGGUGCCACCUCGCCUCCUCAAAGUGUCACUCAGUCCAUCGAUGACUUGGAUGAAGCGGGCAUGGCAGCAGCUGCUCGAGGCAUGGACAGCCCUGGUGCGGAUGAAGAACGCAGCCAGGAAUCCGAGUCUGAGAUCAACACGAACCCCUCUAUCAUUCAAGGUCCUGCUCAAGGAGCUCAGGAUCACUGGGGGUACAGUUCGAGAUCCCCCGCCGAUCAAGUUCCAUACUACGAGCACGAUCCGAGAGAUGUUGUACCUGAUUCGCAGCACCGAUUCGAUGCUGAAUACCACGAGACUGCUCGCGAUAUCUUUGGUGGUGAUGAUUUUGUCGUUGACCAGCGCGCCGGCCAACUAUUUGGUACGCCUCCCGGAGCCAAGGACGAAGGCUAUGUUUCGGCUGCCAACCCAAUGUCUCCGAGCAUCGGCACCCCCAAGCAAGCGAGCCGUGUGCUUGGAGGCGCUUUUGAAAGCCCUACUGACGAGGACCCCUUCUCCGCUGGUCACCAACGCCACUUCAGCGGUCAUUCCCAUGGAAUGGGCUCGCCUCUUUACGACAGUGCCACUGGUCGCGGUAUCGAUAGGAUUCAGUCCAAGGAUAUUGUUGCUCUUAUGGAUCACCUCACUGUACGCGAUGCCCAGCGCAAUGCCCGCGACACCGAAAUUCUGGUGACUCUUGUCCGCAGCGCUGCUGAAAUGCGUACUUCCUUCGAGCAAAUGAAGAAGUUCAUUGCUCAGCAAGAUGAGUUGAUCAUGGACUCCAGCGACAAGCAGCAUGAGCGAUUUUACAAAGCUCUUGGUGGCCCUCGUCCAUUGCCUCCCAGCAGCUCUCGCACUCGCCAACUGAACACUACAGACAACGAUGACCUGCAAGCCAAGCGGGCGAACAUUUUCAAGCGCGCGCUGAAGGGCCUGAGCGGAAAGUCUGGCAAUGACUUGACCAAGAUUGAAGGAAUGCUGGAACAGCUUCUGGAAGAAGUUGAGGCAUUGCGCACUGGUCAAGAUUUCGUGAGCCCUCGGAGAACAAAUGUCGAUCAAGUUGGGGCAGAAAACAACGGGCAAAGCGGUGCAUCCAUGGGGAGCCGGUCUCCUUACAUAUCCAGCCCCCGACAAACGAAUGCCGAUACUCGUGUCAGCACUGUCCCAGAAGAGGAUGAAGAAGAUGAGGAUAUUGAGAUUGAUGAGAACGAUGCUUACGUGGCUGCUCAUCUGCCCAUCCAACAGCCUCCUCGCCAUGAGAGAGCCGGCUCUCUGCCCCUCAACACAACACCUCGCAAGCCAGUGGCGUCUGGAACCCGGAGCACAGAGACCACCCCCAAGGGCGCCGACAAGGCCCGCAAGCACAAGUCGAGCAGCUCGUCAAUUUUCCCCAAGAUCUCGCGCUGGUCCAAAUCCACUGCGACGUCGAUGGGCGACAACAUCCGUAACAGCAUCCAGCCUAACCGCAAGGAACGCCCGUACUCUGAGAUGUCCCGAUCCGGCUCCGAUCUUGCUCAAGACGCAUACAAGACGAACUACUAUGACCCUGAGGGUGACGACCGUAUCAGAUCGACAUACACACUGGACGAAAUCGACCAGCAGGAAAACCGGCCCCCGUCGCCCUUGGUGCCAUCACAAGUCUCCGAAGCACCCAAGUACCGCGCUCACCGUGGUAGUCUCGACCUGCAGCAUCCUCAGCCGCGUCAAGGCCCAACUGGCCGAUAUCAAAACCAACUCGAGACCCAGGCACAGACUUAUGCCACCCCUGAAUCCCCCUCCUCGGACCAGUGGGGCUCGAAUCCUAGCCUGCCUGCUGUCAACCCCAACCAGCAACGCUUCAGCAAUGGGAGCCGUCUGUCGCCCAUUUCGGAUGCAGGGUAUUCCGAAGCGAGUUCACGCACACCGGGACCACCUCGUCCUCCCAAGCUCAAAGACGAGGGUCCUCUCGUCCCCGAGCGGCCUCCUAAGGUUGCGGAAACUGAGGACCAACAGCAGUAUGGUGACCGCGUCGUAUCUCGGGGCUCUGCCAUGCGCUCCCCUCCUACUCGCAAGCCAACUGGUCCCCGUCCUCUUACCUCCGGCGGCAACUACAGCCCCAGCAAUAUCAAGCGCACUCAAUACCGAGGCAGUCCGAUGCAGAUCGAUUAUGACGACAACUACUGA